CAUCAAUUUCACUUUUUGUCACAUACUUUCCCACGUUUUUCUCUCUCUAAAUCUCUAUAGUCUCUAUCUUCCCCAAUCUAACAGAUGGAAAGAAAUAUCAACAGUGCUCAGCAGCCAUUAAUAUCUUCCUCCACCAUCUCAGCCGCCGUCACCACCGAUAACGGCGGAGGCGACAGCCAGGUAACAUUAUCAUAUAACAGAUCAUCAAUAACAAUUGAUGAUGAUGAUCAAAAUGAUGAAGAGGGAGAUAUCCCACCAAUCAAAACCUUAAAAAUGUUCUUCAAAGUGUUUUGGAAAGAGCUGAAGAAAACUAUGUAUCUGGCUGCUCCGGCGACUUUCAUGCGUACUUGCCAAUACUCUCUCGGCGCAAUAACCAUUACACUUUCCGGUCAUCUUGGUACCCUCGAUCUUGCUGCCUUUUCCAUUGAGAAUUCUGUCAUCGCCGGCUUUUCCCUUGGUUUUCUGCUAGGAAUGGGAAGUGCAUUAGAAACGUUGUGUGGGCAGGCAUUUGGGGCGAAACAACUCAACAUGCUAGGAAUUUACUUGCAAAGAUCUUGGGUCAUCCUUAACACAACGGCCCUCUUACUUUGUCUCUUCUACAUCUUUGCCACCCCACUUCUCAAAUUCAUUGGAGAAACUUCUGCAAUCUCUGAGGCUGCGGGUAAAGUAGCACUAUGGAUGAUCCCACAACUAUUCGCAUAUGCAAUGGUAUUCCCAAUUAUAAAGUACCUUCAAGCACAACGUAAGGUGAUGACAAUGGCGGCGAUCACCGGAGUAGCAUUGCUCCUCCAUGCAUUUUUCUCAUGGCUAAUCAUGCUUAAGCUCGGGUGGGGGCUGGUCGGAGGUGCAGCGGUGUUGAACACUUCAUGGUGGUUCAUAGUCUUGGCUGAGCUUGUCUACAUAUUUAGUGGGAGGUGUGGUGAGGCGUGGACUGGUUUCUCUUGGAAGGCUUUUAAUGACUUAUGGGGCUUUUUUAGGCUCUCUGUGGCCUCUGCUGUCAUGUUAUGUUUAGAGACAUGGUAUUUUAUGGCUCUUAUUCUAUUUGCCGGAUAUCUGGAGAAUGCAGAAGUUUCAGUGGAUGCCUUGUCUGUAUGCAUGAACAUACUUGGUUGGGCAAUGAUGGUGGCUUUAGGAUUCAAUGCAGCUGUGAGUGUAAGGGUAUCAAAUGAACUUGGAGCAGGACGUCCUAGAACAGCAAAGUUCUCAGUAUUGGUAUCUGUAGCAAUUUCAUUUAUGGUGGGUUUAAUCCUGUCAUCAAUAUUACUAAUCUAUCGAAAAGAAUAUCCGGCAAUAUUUACAAGCAGUAAAGAUGUACAACACAUUGUCACUAAACUCACUCCAAUCCUCACUUUUAGCAUCACAAUCAACAACUUUCAACCUGUUCUCUCUGGUGUGGCAGUUGGAGCAGGAUGGCAAGCUUUAGUUGCAUACAUUAACAUUGGGUGUUACUACAUUUUUGGAAUUCCUUUGGGCCUCAGUUUGGGUUAUCUGCUUGGUUUAGGCGUCCAGGGGAUAUGGUUAGGGAUGCUGUCUGGUACAUGUGUGCAAACCAUCAUCCUAUUUUUGAUAGUCUGGAAAACCAACUGGAACAAAGAGGCAUCUGUUGCUGAAGAGAGGAUAAGAUUGUGGGGAGGACCUCAAUAUGGGAAUGCUUAGAAAUGAUGAUAAUAAUGCAACUCAAACAUCAUUUUUUGAUCAUUUAUUUAUUCUUCAAAUGUUGAGCAUAAAGGCCAAAUCAAAUGGAAUCUCUACAUUUUAAGAUGUUGAUCGAGAAACAAAGAGAAUCAUGUUGUUUUUUCUUGAUUGGAGCGUAAAUAAUAUUUUUCAAGAAAGAUUUUGAGUUUGAACAUCACCUAACCCUCUACAAAAGUUUUUAAAUAAUCUUGAUAAACAAUAAAUUGUGAGUUCUUGUAAAGUUUGCUUUCUUUUCAGUUCUUUUCUAUUUUAAUGAACGAUAAAUAAGUGCAAAAACUUGCCGAGAUAAGUUUUAUAAGCAA